UGAACAGGAAUAGGGUUUUGGUUGGAGCUUGUCACUGUUACUUCCCACACGAAGCUUUUACUUUACUGAACCUCACAAGACAACUUCCAUCUUCACUCUUCCUUCCAAUUUCACCAUUAAGGUAUCAUCAAUCUCUCAGAUCUCUCUUACAAUGAUCCAUACCAAACCUCCUUUUCGUCAAUUAACGUUCUUCAUACUCUCCAUCAUGUUGUGUGUUAAUUUAGAUUUUCUUGAUCGAAAGCUUGUUCAUCUGUCCCUCUAUUGGCGUUAGCUAUGCUACCAACUGGAGCUAAAGAGGCACAAUUACGCGAGACCAACAGUCAGAAAGUCCACCCUCAACCCAUGGAAGAAGCCAUGAACCAGAAUCCAGAAGCCGUGGAAACCCUAGUAUCUAAAAUUUUCACUAAUAUCUCUACACUGAAAUCAGCUUAUAUUCAGUUGCAAGCUGCUCAUACUCCCUAUGACCCUGAUAAAAUCCACACUGCUGAUAAACUUGUUAUUAGUGAGCUGAAAAACCUAUCUGAACUCAAGCAUUUCUACAGGGAAAACAACCCAAAGCCAGUGUGUGUUUCUCCCCAAGACUCUCGUUUAGCUGCAGAAAUUCAAGAGCAGCAGAGCCUCCUAAAAACGUAUGAGGUCAUGGUCAAGAAAUUUCAAUCUGAAAUUCAGAAUAAAGAUUCAGAGAUCCAUCAACUUGAAAAGCAGAUUGAGGAGGCUAGUCAGAAGCGAGCAAAACUAGAAAAGAAUCUAAAGCUUAGAGGUUUGUCAACUAAAGAAUCAGAAGAUGGAAAUGGAUUUUUCCCCGUUGAUCUAACUCCGGAUCUCUUUACUUCUUCCGUGGAAGCAGCUGCUAAAGCGAUUCAUGAUUUUUCUAAACCUUUGAUCAACAUGAUGAAAGCAGCUGGGUGGGACCUUGAUGCUGCUGCCAACUCAAUCGAACCGAAUGUUGUUUAUGCAAAGAGAGCUCAUAAGAAAUAUGCAUUCGAGUCUUACAUAUGCCAAAGAAUGUUUAGCGGCUUCGAGCAAGAAAGCUUCUCUAUCAAAUCAGACAAUAUUACAAUCAAUAAAGAGAGCUUCUUCCACCAAUUUCUUGCCUUAAGGGAGAUCGAUCCGUUGGACAUGCUAGGGCAAAAUCCAGAUUCCAUUUUUGGGAAAUUUUGCAGCAGCAAAUACCUAGUGGUAGUUCAUCCAAAGAUGGAAGCAUCAUUCUUUGGAAACCUAGAUCAGCGAAAUUACGUGAUGGGUGGAGGGCAUCCAAGAACUCCUUUUUACCAAGCUUUUCUAAAACUAGCAAAGUCAAUUUGGCUUUUACACAAAUUGGCUUAUUCUUUUGAGCCAAAUGUCAAAGUAUUUCAGGUUAAAGGAGGGAGCGAAUUCUCCGAUGUUUACAUGGAAAGUGUUGUCAAUAAUCUGAUAAUGAAUGAAAAUGACGAAAAGCCGAAAGUUGGUUUGAUGGUUAUGCCAGGAUUCUGGAUUGGGGGAAGUGUGAUUCAGAGUAAAGUUUAUCUCACUGGUAUGAAGGUAGCUGAAUGAUUCCUGAAAACAGGAAAAUUAAUCAGCAAAUCCAAAUCCAUUUGGUUGUAUGUGCUUUGUUUCAUUUAUCAUACCUUUCUUAUCUUGUAAGAUAAUGUUGUUGUUUGUAAUUUAAGAUCCCUUUUAGUUCUUGUAAGAUUACAUGUGCCCUUUAUCUGUCUGUAUGUUCAUGACUCUUGUAACUCUAAUAGUAUAUGUGGCAGGGAUAUUGGAAGGUGUAUAAAAGUUUUCCUUUUUCCACUAA